AAGAAGCUAUUGGCUUUUUAGGAUGAUAAUAAAAUGAAUGAAGUAAUGCAUAUUUUUGUUACCUUACGUGAAGGUUUGGAAACGAGACUUUAAAACUAGCACAGAACCUUUGUUCCAUUUUCAACGUCAUCUCAUUCACACCCUAUUCUUGAAUUUCACCAAUCAAUGCUUUUCAACCAUCCCUUAUCCAUGGCAAAAACGAUUGAGAAUUUAAGCCUCUUGUCCACAAAACUUUCCGCGGCUGCAAAGUCCAACGCCGGCACGUCUGAUAAGCUCGAGCUGGAUGCAGCCUCCAAAGAGGUCAGGUCUUUGAUUGAGGAAGUCAAGGAACAGCAAAGCUUCGAAACCGAUCUUUCCGAACCCCUAACAACCCUUAAUAUGAAGGUUGAUAGCAUCGUAAAAGACCCCAACAUGGAAAACGGCAAGUGGGAACUCAUGACAAACAAAAUCAAAGACCUCAGAAGCAGCAUGGCCGAAGUCAAAUCCCAGCUCCAUUGGAGAAAGGUACCCAUGGGGAAAGUCAUUGAGAGUUUAAGCUUCAUGUAUGCAAGACUAAUUGAUGCCGCAAAGCCCGACAAGGCUUCUAAAUUGUCUUCCCCUGAUACGGCUGCUGGGGAUCCAAAGUCCAAGGACGCUGCUGGGGAUCCAAAGUCCAAGGACGAGACAUCUGAGAGUUUCGAGCUCGAUAAAGCCUGCAACGAGCUCAAAUAUUUGAUUGACGAAUUCAAGAAAUUGCAAGUGUACGAAACCAAUCUUUCUGAUCCCCUAAAAACCAUUCAAAACAACGUUGAUGACAUCCUUGGCGACCUCAACGCAAACGCCGACAACGUGGAGUGGGAAACGAUAAAACGCAAUCUCAAAGUGCUGAGAAGCAACAUGACCAAAGUCAAAGCCCAACUCCCGUUGCUACAUCAAACUUCUUCCUCCACCGAAGCCCGCCGUUUGUUAACCACGACUUCCAGAGAAGAAGCGAGCAAGCUGCCCAGUCCGUACCAAGCGGAUGGGAUAUUCCAGAAAGGGCCUUUCUUCAAAGAGUUUCAAGACCGUUACCAAAAUCUAUAUACAAGAGAAAAAUUGUGUUUGCUGUGUUUCGCGAUUUUCCCAGAGAAUGCUGAGGUUUCCGAGAGGCUUCUACGGUUUUGGUGGGAAGGGGAAAGACUAAGGCCGGAAUCGGAAUCUGAUAAGAAAACGGUGAAUGAAAUUCUAGAGGAAUUUGUGGAGCGUGGAUUCAUCGAGCCUGUUUAUAAGAGAAGCGGGUCCAAGGGUAGCUGCUAUAAGAUGCAUCCCAUUGUUCGUUGUCUCAUCGUUAGGCAUGCCAAGGAGGCCAACUUCUUUUAUUACGACUCUAAGGGAUACCCCAACAUGGAGUUUUUCAAAAGCAAAAAGAUAUGCUUGGUGAAAUCUGAAGGACCUUCUUGGUGGUCCAAGGAUGUUCUUGCAUUUACAAAGGCACGUGAACAGGCACAGGAACAGGCACAGGCACAGGCACAACCACAGGCACAACCACAGGCACAGGAACAACCACAGGCACAGCAAGGGAAGGAUAAGAAGCAGGCAGAGGACGAAACGAAGACGAAGACGAAAAAUAAGCAGAAGCAGAAAUUAGAGGAGCAAGAACGAAAAGAAAAGGACAAGAAGAGAAAAGAGGAUGAGAAGCAAGAACGAAAAGAAAAGGACAAGAAGAGAAAAGAGGAUGAGAAGCAAGAACGAAAAGAAAAGGACAAGAGAAAAGAGGAUAAGAACCAAGAACGAAAAGAAAUGGAGAAGAAGAUAAACGAGGAUGAGAACCAAGAACGAAAAGCAAUGGACAAGAAGAGAAAAGAGGAUGAGAAGCAAGAACGAAAAGAAAAAGAGAAGAAGAGAAUAGAGGAUGAGAAGAAGAGAGGAAAGCUGGAGACUAAGAGAAUAAAUUACCUGGAAAAUCUGCAAACGUUGUUCAAUGUGAGCAAGCAAUUUCCCGAACUGCCGGAGGAGCUAUUUCCUAAGAUGAAAAACAUAGACGUCCUUUAUUUAGGAAGGUGGGAGCGCACAGCUGAGCGGCAUAUGGAGGUGGAAGACGUGCAUUUUUUAAGAGGGUUGAAGAAUAUGAACAAGCUAAGGUUUUUUAGCCUUCAAGGGAUCUCCGGGAUCAAGACUCUCCCUGUUUCUAUUGGCAUGCUCCUGAACUUGAGGAUCUUAGAUCUAAAAGCUUGUCACAACCUGGAGGAGCUUCCCAAGGAGGUUGGUUUACUCAAGAUGCUCUCUUACUUGGAUUUAUCUGAGUGCUAUCUGUUGGACAGGAUCCCCACAGAUCUCUCAAAGCUCUCAAAACUCAAAGUCCUCAAGGGUUUCGUAAUUAGCUCCAAUAGCCCAUGCCAUCUCACCCACUUGACAACGUUGUCUGAACUGGAGAAACUCAGCAUUAGCAUCCACGAUGACAAAUUCUCAAUAAAAGAAGAGGAAUCAAUAAAGCAUUUCUCUGAGUUUAAGUCGCUUACCAAAUUGAAAAUAGCGUGGGGAGCUGGUGGAACAAAAAAAUCCCAUGACAAAGCAAAACACCCGGAAGACAAGAACAAAACAAGUGAAGUGUCAAAAUUAGUGCCCACAGCAAAGGUACUUGAGAAAUAUUUGAAAUUACCAUUUUUGGGGUCUUCAAAGUCAGUACCUGAAAAAGGCAAUGUGGCUGUGGCGCCUACGACAGCUAAAGCAGGCCAGGACAAGAAUGGGGAUAAUGCUAAGAAGAAGAAAAGUGGUGCAGUACUGCAAUCCAAUGUACACGCAAACAACAAAGACCAAGGUGGUCGGUCCCCAAAACCAGAGUUGAAGCUAGAGAAACUGGAUAUCCGAUGUUACCCAGAUAAAGAACCACCGAAGUGGUUGGUCCCCAAGACUCUGACUUACCUACGGCGUCUCUACUUUAGAGGUGGAGAAGUGAGUCAUAUUCCUGUGGCUAACCAAGACGAGAAGUGGAACGUGGAGACUUUACGUUUGAAAUACUUGAUUAAUAUAAAGAUGGACUGGAAACAAAUUCAAAAGCAAUUCCCCGACCUGAAGUUGUUGGAGAAAGUGAAUUGCCCUCAAAUCACGUUCUGCCCUUGCGAUGCAAGUGGUGCGUGGGAGAAGCAAGCUUGAACAAAAAUACGCAUGGAUGCCCAUCCUCCGUAGUUCAUGCAUACACUUCCACUUAUCAAUGUCAUUACUUUUAUGUGUUUAUAUGUUGUGAGGAAAUGUGAUUGGUUUGUAUAUUUAUAUAAUAUCAAAUGUGUUGUCGUACACAAACUAUGUAUGUAUUUCUAUCGCUUUUAUUGUAUACAUGUGGAUAUUUUUCA